AUGGCUUCACGUAUCAGUAUCACCAUUACCUUACUCUAUCUCCCUUUCUUGAUAAUCCUUACUUCUUGUGCUCAAGAACCUCCAUCAUCUCAACCAGAACCACCUCCCAGUUACCUGAGCUUCGUCUCCAACGCCACCGACUUCCCACCGGAAGAUUACUACGACUACAUCAUCGUCGGUGGCGGUACCGCCGGCUGCCCCCUCGCCGCCACUCUGUCUUACAAAUAUCGCGUCCUCGUCCUCGAACGUGGCGGCAUUCCCAACGACAAACCCAACGUCAUGACCCAAGACGGCUUCUUAACUACCCUUAACGACGCCAACGCUCGUGACUCUCCUGCGGAAUCCUUCACCUCCGAAGACGGUGUCCCCAACGCCCGCGGCCGCGUUCUUGGCGGAAGUAGCGCCAUAAACGCCGGCUUCUACAGCCGAGCUGACGCCGACUUCUUUGCCAAGUCCGGCUUGUCUUGGAACCUCAAGCUCGUCAACGAAUCAUACCAUUGGGUCGAGAAGGCCAUUGUCUUCAAACCACAGCUCAAGACAUGGCAAUCGGCGGUUCGCGACGGGUUGCUCGAAGCCGGCGUUUAUCCCUACAAUGGCUUCAGUUUAGAUCACUCCAUCGGAACCAAAAUCGGAGGAUCAACGUUCGAUAGCUCAGGAAGAAGACACAGUUCUGCGGAUCUUUUAUCAUACGCCAAAGCUUCUAAUAUCAAAGUCGCUGUGUACGCAAGCGUCGAGAGAGUUCUUCUUGCCUCUUCAUCUUCUUCUUCCUAUGCCGAUUCAAAGCAAACUGCGAUUGGUGUGAUUUACCGUGACCGAUUAGGAAGGUUCCACCAUGCAAUAACUCGAGACAAUGGCGAGGUGAUUCUUUGUGCCGGUGCCAUUGGAAGCCCUCAGCUUCUUCUGCUAAGUGGGAUCGGUUCAAGACCUUAUCUAUCUUCAUGGGGAAUUCCGGUGGCUCAUCAUCUUCCCUUCGUCGGACAUUAUCUCUACGAUAAUCCUCGAAAUGGGAUCAACAUUGUCCCUUCGGUUCCAUUGGAGUCCUCUCUGAUACAAGUCGUGGGAAUCACAGAUUCAGGGGCUUACAUAGAAGCAUCCUCGAACCUCGUCCCGUUCACUUCCUCUUUCCCUCACUCUGUGUUCAUCGGCGCGCCAUUGUCGCCGAUUCUCAUCACGGUGGCUUCACUGGUGACGAAGAUAGCAGGGCCAGUAUCAAGUGGGCAUCUCCGGCUGGCCUCGAUGGACGUAAAGAGGAAUCCGAUCGUCAGAUUCAAUUACUUCAACAACCCUAUUGACGUUGAAAGGUGUGUGAACGGGACGAGGAAGAUCGGCGAGGUGUUGAGAAGCAGAGCCAUGAAUGAUUUCAAGUUCAGAAACUGGCUAGGGGGCCAAGAAUUCAGGUUCGUGGGGCCCUCAUUGCCGAUGGAUCAGGCCAACUUUGGUCAGAUGGAGGACUUCUGUCGCCGGACGGUGAGCACAAUAUGGCACUACCACGGCGGAUGCGUGGUGGGGAGUGUGGUGGACGGCGAUCUCAGAGUCAUGGGGAUUGAGUCUCUUCGCACUGUGGAUGGUUCAGUGUUUGGUGUAUCUCCAGGAACAAACCCUCAGGCCACCUUAAUGAUGCUAGGAAGGUAUAUGGGGUUGAAGAUGAUCAGAGAAAGGGCGAUAAGCAAAUGAUUGGAUUGGGUUUAAGA